AUGUGGAGGGAAGUUCUAGUUUUGUUGCAGCUUUCGGCUGCUGCUCGGCCGGGUGCCUCGGCUGCAGCUGUCACCCCUCAGGACUGCAGCCUGGAAUGCAUCCAUCAGGGGCGACCUGCAUGCGAGUACUGCAGAGUCACCAGGGAUGACAUCAAGAAGGCUCUGGGUUUGAACUCCAUCCGGACGUUUGGAAGUUGUAUUCCAUGGCCAUGUUUCGAGCUGCUCGGAGAUGAGGACCCCCGGAUCUGUCAGCACUACGUUCAUGCACCAACCGAUGUAAAGAUUGAGUUUGUUCAUGAGCCGGACCCCAAAUCUGACACCGCCGUUGUCUCCUGGAAGCCCAGUCUUUAUGGGCUUGCCUUCUUGCGAGGCUUUCAAGUGUCGAUCCAGGCUUUGGGAGGUUUCACUUUUGCCUGCCAGCUGUUCCUCUUUAACCGUAACGUUUCCCUCUCGCCAUCAGAUGCUCAGACGUUUUACAAGUCGGACCCAUUCACUGGCCUCACCCUGGGAUCCCAGUAUGCUGUUACUGUCAUGGCUCUGCCAGUUCCUGAGCAAUGGGAGAAGUUUUAUCACACCAAGAUCUUCUCUACUCGCUCAUGUGCAGAGAAGAACGGCCUCGAGCGUUGCAAACAAGACUGGUACCCGAAGCACAUCGCGGUCCAGCAGGAAGGUUCUGUCGUCACCGUGACCUUCAACUUGGCUCCACCGAACCUGGACAUCAGGAGCUACUUCUGUCGGUGUUACGCGAACGGCGUGAAGAAAUACACGACCAUAAUCCCCGAUUCCUCAAUAAACAAAACUCAUCACAGCCACCAGCUGACUGACCUUCAACAAGGAACCAACUACACUUGUGAGAUUGCGGCAAAUGUAAUUGAUGCAGUGAGGAAAACCUUCAAUAUUCACGUCAUCGGAAACCGGAAAGCUGCUCCCCCCUCAGAGGAGGCCUCUGACCCCCCCUCCCUGGCUGUGGUGAUCCCACUGUGUCUGGCUGUGGUGUUUGUGCUCGGAGUCUUCCUGGCUGCUCUCAGCUGUCAGAAGUCCAAGAUGCGCAGGAAGAACCUUGACAUGAAACCAGAGAUUAUUAGGCUGCACGAAGAAAAUGGUACCAAAGAGGAAGUGGCGUCGUUGCCCAGAGCCCGGCUGACUCCACCACAUCUCCUGAUUUGCUACAGCAGCUGUGACGGCCCCUCUCAUGUCCAGGCUGUCAUGCAUUUAGGAGCCUUCAUACAGCAGCACAUGGCAACUCGGGUGUGCCUGGACCUUUGGGACUCCCUGGGUGUGGCUGAGGAAGGCAGUAUGGCCUGGCACUGUCGGCAGAUCCAGGAGAGCGACUUUGUCCUGGCGAUAUGUUCUCAAGGGUUCGGUAAAAGACAUAAGCCUGCAGAGCCAGAGGAGAAUGAAGAAGACGAGGAUGCACCGGAUUCUUACGUUUCUGAGGCUGUCAUCCGGAUUAUUGGAGCAGAGGUGGGCCAAGCCAAAGCCAGAGGCCAGGACCUGUCCAAAUACAUGUCAGCUAUUUUUGAGUACUCUGAGGAAACGGACAUCCCCACGGAGCUGAGGCUGGCAUCCCACUACACGCUGACGAACGACUUACCGCUGCUCUUCUCCCACCUUCAUGGAGUGGCCCUGCACAGGCCAGGGAGCUACCUGAAGAUAAACCACAUCACAGAGGAGGGCUUUGCUACGGUACCUGCAGGAGCUGCUCUGCAGCGGGCCAUCCACGAGGCUGGGAACAUCAUGAGGGCCAAAAGGCAAAAAGACCAAGUGAACUGAGAGGAUCUUUAAACUAUAAUACCACAUGUGUUCUCAGCUUAGACAAGAAGUUGGUUCUUAAAUACAUGGUACAAUGCACUAUGACUUGUGUAUUACACAAUUUAUGUAUCCAGUUUUUCUCAAGGACAAAAAGAUAGUUUCCUGAAACCUGUCUUCACCUAAUGUUGUUAGUCUACAAAGUUACCCAUUGAGAUUAUUUAAAAAACUACAAGUAUUACAGAUUUGUGUUUACAGUCAUGCUUUAUUUAUCUGUAUGCAUUUCUUAUG